AUGGCAUCAAAACUUGGAUUUGUUCAUCAAGCUACACAAAAUGUUUUAUUUAAACAACCACGUUUCUAUUUAGAGGCUUCAUCAAAAGGUCAAUUUGCUGAUUCAAUUGUUGAUUUGUCAGGUAUUCAACGUUGGAAUAAUGAUAGAAGUAAAAUAGGUAAUCAAUUUUCAAAUAGAUUCGUUAAACCAUCACGUGUUAAAUUUUUAAGAAAGAAACAAGUUCAAAAAUAUAAAUGGGAUCACUUUGUUUAUGAUGUUUGUAAAAAUUAUGAAUUUAUUAGAGAAAAUGCAAGAGAAAUUUCAAGAGAACCAAACAGAUUAGCAAAAAUUGAAAGAGCAAAUUCAUGGUUAGGUGAUUAUCAUCAAUAA